CAAUAUAAUGAUCCCACUUUUUUCAUCUUUUUCCCUUGAAACGGAACGAGUGUAAUAAGUACUCUUUUAAUAUUUGUUUUCAAUUUUUUGGGAGGUUUUUCAAAUCUUAAAAAGAAACUGGUCCUUUAUCAAUGGCAGAUUUCGAAUGGAAUGACCCACUUCUUAUAACUGAUGUUUCUUCCCUUCAACAUCAAGAUCGAAGUCAACUUCAUAGUCAAACUCAUUGCGAAUUGCCGAAUUUCUGCAGUUUGGAGAGUUCAAUAAUGGAGGCCGGAGAUGAAUCUAGCCCGGCCAAGUUUAACGGCCAUGUAGCAUUGGGCUUUUCGUUGGCGUCGCCUGAUUUAGUAUGCGUUGGAUCACCUGAUUUUACUAACCAAAGAUAUGAGGAAUCGCCUGAAUGUUUGUUGGGUGAAAGAGUUGAUGUCUCUUUAGAAAAUGGAAUUGAGGGUUCUGAGAUGAGGACCUCCUUUGAGGCCCCAGCUGCAAAGAUGGAAGAUUUGCUUGCUGAAGCUUCUUUUGAGCUUGCUACAAUGCCAUUAGUUGAAGGGGAUUUGAUGAAACCAUCCACUUCUUCACUCGGCAUUAAUGUGGGAUCUACGAGGAGUGUUGAGUUUGAAGGUGGGCUGCACUUCUCUGAGGAUAGUACUUUCAAUGGAGGCUAUGCUGUAAGCACUGAAGAUCCCGUACUUGGGGAUGUCGAAGGCCUUAGUCUUUAUCAGACUGCACGCUGUGGGGAGUUCUCUUAUCAUUUUCAGAACUUAGAGGCUGGAAAUUACGUGGUUGAUCUUCAUUUUGCGGAGAUAGUGUUUACUGCUGGCCCCUCAGGGACGAGGGUCUUUGAUGUAUUCUUACAAGGGAAGAAGGUUGUUUCGUGUUUGGAUAUCUAUGAAAAGGUUGGUUCACAUGUGCCCCUGGUGAUAUCUGAUCUUCAAGCUUAUAUUGAUGGUGGUGAUGGAUUAUCCAUUAGAUUUGAAGGAGUAAUUGGAGUCCCGAUAGUCAGCGGCAUUUUUAUUAGGAAACAUUCUUGUCUUGGUGAGGUUGAACUAUCUGGAGAACUCGAAUUUCAGUAUUUGCCUUCUAGUGAAUCGCUCAAUGAGAAAGAGAAUUGCUCCUCUGAGGGAGAAAUUGUUAGGCUUCGAAUGGAAUAUGAAUUACAGAAGAAGGAGCUCUCAGACACCAAGAAGGUUUUGGAGGAACUGAAGACGGAAUGCAAUCUCAAGAGUAGAGAAUGCCAAGAAGCUUGUAAAUCUUUGAAAGAACUUCAAAAUGAGCUUAUGCGAAAAUCAAUGCAUGUUGGAUCAUUGGCUUUUGCAAUUGAGGGCCAAGUCAAAGAAAAAGGCAAAUGGUUUUCAUCACUACGAGAUUUGACAAGAAAAUUGAAGAUUCUGAAGAUGGAGCAUAUCGCGCUUUCAGAAGAAGCCUGUCUCUUCAAGCAGUAUGUUGUGGAGAUGGAGGGUGUCAAAUCCACACUGCAAUUUACAAUGAAUAAGCACGUGCAACUACACGAAGAUAUCAAAACUAAGUUCCUCCAAGAAGUCAAGGAAAAGAAAGAACUAUACAACAAAGUUCUGGAACUGAAAGGAAACAUUAGAGUAUUUUGCCGCUGUCGACCCAUGAAUUCCUACGAGAUUGAUGGAGGAGCUUCAGUGGCAAUCGACUUUGAGGCUGCAAGGGAUGGGGAGAUAACUGUUAAGUCAAACGGGGUAUCUAAAAAGACCUUUAAGUUUGAUGCUGUCUUCAGUCCGGAAGCUGACCAAACUCAUGUUUUUGCGGAAACAGCCCCACUAGCAACUUCAGUUCUUGAUGGAUAUAACGUCUGUAUAUUUGCUUAUGGACAAACCGGAACUGGGAAGACUUUUACUAUGGAGGGAACAAAUGAAGCCCGUGGAGUUAACUUCAGAACACUUGAGGAGCUAUUUCACAUCAUGGAGGAACGAAAGAGCACAUUCCGAUAUGAAGUAACAGUGAGUGUAUUGGAGGUUUAUAAUGAGCAGAUAAGGGAUUUACUAGUUUCGGAUUCACAGCCCUCUGCGAGUUCAAAGAGGCUUGAGAUCAAACAAGUAGGCGAGGGAGGACAUCAUGUUCCAGGAAUAGUUGAAGCUCGAGUGAAAAAUGUGAGUGAGGUCUGGGAAGUCCUUAAGACUGGCAGUAAUGGAAGGGCAGUUGGAUCAACUAAUGCCAAUGAGCACAGCAGCCGGUCACACUGCAUGCACUGCGUAAUGGUGAAGGGAGAGAAUGUACUUAAUGGAGAAUGCACAAGAAGCAAGCUUUGGCUAGUGGACCUAGCAGGGAGUGAGAGAAUAGCCAAGACAGAAGUGCAGGGAGAAAGAUUGAAAGAAACUCAAAAUAUUAACAGAUCACUUUCUGCACUUGGAGACGUGAUAUCUUCUCUUGCAACCAGAAGUCCGCACAUCCCAUUUAGGAAUUCCAAACUCACCCACUUGCUCCAAGACUCUUUAGGAGGAGAUUCCAAAACAUUGAUGUUUGUGCAGAUCAGUCCCAACGAAAAUGAUCUGACUGAGACCCUCUGCUCUCUUAAUUUUGCCAGCAGAGUUCGUGGAAUUGAGUUAGGUCCUGCAAAGAAGCAAAUGGACAAGACUGAACUAUUCAAAUACAAACAAAUGGCUGAGAAACUCAAACAAGACAUGAAGACAAAGGAUUUUCAAGUUAGAAAAUUGGAGGACACGAACUAUGGUCUUGAGGUAAAGAUAAAAGAGAGAGAUAUGAAAACCCGAAACCUUCAAGAAAAGAUCAAAGAAUUGGAAUCACAACUGAUGGUGGAGAGAAAGCUAGCAAGGCAGCAUGUGGACUCCAAAAUAGCAGAGCAGAUGCAGCAGCAGCGACAAGAAAUUAAACAACAAGAGGAACAUCGAUCUGAACUAGGGAAAGUGCCUCUUACAACUACUACGCAGGGAGCCAAAUCUCAAGUGGAAAGCAAAGACCAAACAAAUGUUUCUCUGUCUGCUGAAGAUGAUGACUUCUCAUUCUGUCCAAUUCCCAUGGAUGGACUUGCCAGGAACGACAUAAUGGAUAAAGAAAACAACCCUGAGAUGGCUCAACAACUACGGCCUCCAAAGCAGACAGGCAGAGCGUCUGCCUGUCCAACUGUUCAAAAGAUUUAUGCCACACCAAGUCUACGACGACACUCUCUUAUUCCUCAGCCAACUUUACCAGGAACACCUUAUAAGCUACCUACCUCUUUCCUGCCACUGACUCCGGUUCAGGCCAAUAAGGCUGAGUAUGGAGUUGAAGUCGCGGGCUUGCCGGAACAGAUACCUUGUGAUAGUCCAAAAGAUCAAAGAAAUAGAAGCAAGAAACUGAGUAGUGCACUGAGAAGAAGCCUUCAUAAGAAAAUUAACACGAAGGGUUCAAUGCAGCCACCCCUUCGUAGAGUUGGUGUUAAUGUUGGUAUGGAGAAGGUGAGAGUCUCGAUUGGGGGCCGAGGGAAAAUGGGCCAAAGAGUGCUUCUUGGUAAUGCUAGAAGAGCAGUAAAGGAUGUUCAGCAGAAGCAAAGCCACAGAGAGAAAGAAAGAGGAUGGAAUAUUGGAACAACCUCAGCUAGGACUCUUCUAUAGUGGUUUGAGCUCUUCAUAUUUCAUGUAUUUAUCAAGUUAAUUUGUCCAUGGAUAGUUGGGAUUCUCAUAAUUUUUCUUUUGUUAGAUUUUUUUUAUUGGUGGGAGGGUGUGAUUGAUGAUGCUUAUCAUCUCUUAGGAAUGUUUAUUUGUUUGAUUAGAAUAGAUUUGAUUUGCUGGUGUACAUAAACAAACAAACCGGAUUUGAAUCUUGAAUUUUUUUAUCAAUCAUUUUAGCAUUGUAUCUU